AUGGCGCAUCGCGGAGAAACGCUGCAUAAAGAUGUCAGCUGCAUUGCGGAUCUCAAGGCUCGUGGGAGUGAGAAGCUCCCUGUUAUGGUGAGAGAUUACUACAACAAGGGUGCCAUGGACCUUAUCACAUUACGAGAGAACGAAGACGCAUUCGACCGCUACAAGAUUCGACCUCGGAUUCUAGUCAACGUGGACAACAUUGACACUAGCACGGAGAUACUGGGGGCUAAGGUCUCUCUUCCACUUGGAUUCAGUCCCACUGCAUCGCAGAAACUCGCUCAUUCCGACGGCGAGCUUGCGACGUCACGCGCUGCAGCGAAAUUUGGCAUCUGCAUGGGUCUGUCCUCAUACUCGAAUCAUAGUCUUGAGGAUGUUGCUAGCCAAGGGUCCGGGAAUCCCUAUGUUAUGCAGAUGUGUGUCUUGCGGGAUCGAUCCAUCACGGUGCAGUUGUUGGAACGGGCUGAAAAGGCUGGGUAUAAGGCGUUAUUUCUCUCGGUCGACGUUCCGGUUCUCGGGAAACGAUUGAACGAGUAUCAAAACAAUUACCAGCUGCCAGCUGAUAUGUCCUGGCCAAAUAUCCUCAGCCAUGGCAGUGAUACGUCCGACCAUACAGACUAUGAUCCGAGUCUUGACUGGGCCACUGCUAUCCCUUGGCUUCGGGAACACACGAAACUUCCAAUCUGGUUGAAAGGAGUGUACUCUCCCGAGGACGUCGAACUCGCAAUCCAGCACAAGCUCGAUGGAAUUGUUAUUUCCAACCACGGUGGUCGCCAAUUGGACGGGGUUCCGGCAACGCUCGACGCGCUGAGGGAUUGUGCGCCAGUGGCGAAUGGCCGGAUUCCUAUUGCUCUUGACGGCGGUAUCCGACGGGGAUCGGACAUCUUCAAGGCCCUGGCACUUGGAGCGGACUUUUGCUUUGUCGGACGGAUACCCAUCUGGGGGCUUGCUUAUGGCGGACAAGAAGGCGUUGAGCUCGCGAUUCGGAUUUUACGCCAGGAAUUGAAAAUCACCAUGGCGCUGGCAGGGUGUCGAUCAAUCUCCGAAAUCCGGAAAAGCUAUCUAUCGGUCCUACAACCCAACGGAGUCCUAUCCAAGCUGUAA